AUGUCGAAACAAAGAGCCAUCCUCGUCGUCGGCGGAGGUCAAGGCAUCGGACUGGAGACGACCACCUAUCUCCUCUCCCACGCCCCGGCUACGGUUCAAAUAUUCGUGUUUGGCCUACACAUUGACCCCCAACUACACCGACACAAUGCGCACGUACACGUACAGGGCACCGGCGAGUCCCAAGGUCAAGGUCAAGCAAGCCGACUCCACGGUCAAACUCAAGGUCAAGCCCAAGCUCAAGCUCAAGCUCAACCAAGCCGACUUCACAUCCUGCAAGGAGACGUGACGAACGCGGUCGAUCGACAGAAAGCCAUUCAGACGUGUCUCGACGUGGCAGGCGUCAUUGACAGCUUGGUGUAUUGCGCGGGGUUGAUGACGCCAAUCCAGAGGAUAGAAAAGGUCGAUUUGGACGCGGUCAAGUUGGCCUAUGCGGUCAAUGUGUUUGGGGUGAUUGCCAUGUGCCAGCUUGCUCUACCACAUCUUCAUGUCUCGCCUUGUCCCCGUGUCAUCAUCCUGUCUUCGGCGUGUGACCUCAACGUCACCUAUCACGGCUGGAUGUCCUACUGUACCACCAAAGCAGCCUUGUCCAGAUUUAUCGGUCUGCUGGCUCUGGAAAAUCCCGCCAUCUGUGUCCAAGGGGUAUAUCCUCGCCUCACCGACACUAGGAUGCCGGCAGACGUGAUCGAGGGCAAAUAUGAUGGAAUCAUGACGCAGGAUGAAGUGGCCUUGUUUCGAAGUCGUGCCAGAGAUGGGAUCACUCUCGAACCCGCCGCCUGGUGUGCAGAGGCGGUGGCCCGGUUGGCGGUCGGCUCCGACAACGGCGGAAAGUCGGGCCUGGUCAUGUAUUAUGAUGAACAUGUUCCUGAUUUGUUGAGGAAGAAGAAAGCCAAGUUGUGA